CAGUUUCCAUGUCGGGUAUGGGAUUAGUUAGUUAUUUGUUUUCGGAAGCAUGGACUUGAUGGUGGAGGAAGCCGUAACCGACCACUCUCGCACAUUACAGCCUUAUAGACUAACCAUCCCCGCAUGCCACACAGAGUAAUCAAAGGUGGCGAGCGUAUUCCUAAGUCUUAGCACGAUGACCCACACCGCCGCGCCAGUCUACAGACAAUACAUGUCUAAUAGUUGAAACUUAAAGCGCAUGAUUACCAUUCUUAAUAUUUAGCAGUAGUGCUAAACAUAUUCUGGUCAUAUUUUAUAACCGACUGAAAUGGAUGUUGAAGAAUCAUCCUCUGUAGCUACCUCUUCGAAGAAAUCUGUCAUGGCAGCAACAGGAACAUCAGCAAGUGUUGCAGUGCAACUACACCCAUUGGUUAUCAUGAAUAUUUCUGAACAUUGGACUCGAAUUCGUGCGCAGGAAGGACAGGCAAUACAAGUACUUGGUGCACUAAUUGGGAAGCAAACAGGAAGAAAAGUUGAAGUCAUGAAUUCAUUUGAGUUGCUCUAUACACAAAAUAGUAAUACUGGUGAAAUUGUAAUAGAUAGUGAUUAUUAUUAUACCAAAGAAGAGCAGUUCAAACAAGUAUUCAAAGAUUUAGAUUUUUUGGGAUGGUAUACCACAGGUGGAUCACCAACUGAAGCAGAUUUGAAAAUACAUAAACAAAUGUGCGGCAUAACAGAAUGUCCGAUUAUUGUAAAACUUAAUCCUCAGGCACUCUCAAGUGAUUUACCAAUAAGUGCAUUCGAAUCAGUUAUCGAUUUGGGUGAUGGUGAAGCCCAAAUGCGACUUGUAGAGUUGCCAUAUACUCUAGCAACAGAAGAAGCUGAGAGAAUCGGUGUCGAUCAUGUUGCGCGUGUGUCAAACGUUGAAUCUGGAUCUCUUAAUUCGUCAGCUGCUGAUCAUUUACAAAGCCAACAUAAUUCCAUAUCAAUGUUGCACACACGAAUUUGUUUUCUACAACGUUAUAUUCAGGCUGUGAAAGAAGGAAAACUACCACACAACCAUGAAAUAACACGAGAAGCUUAUGCUCUAUGUCAUCGAUUGCCAGUAUUAGAUUGUGACAUGCUUUCAAAGGAUUUGUAUGAUCAGUAUAAUGAUGUUACAUUGAUGACAUAUUUAGGGGUAAUAAGUAAGGGCUGUCACACAAUGAAUCAAUUUAUUUCAAAAUUUAAUGUAAUGUGUGACAGACAAGGUGUUGGAAGAAGAAUUCGAGGCCUGUUUCCAUGAACAAUUUGUAAUUCAACGAUUUAUUUUCAUUUUUUUGUUCUAUCUGAACUUGUAAUAAAUAUAUAGCAUUAUUAUGAA